CCCAAUUAAAACAUACAGUUCGAUAAAUUACUCAAAGAGGGUGUUUUGAACUCUGCGACUUGCCGUAGACUGUCCCGCUGCCAUCGUUAUCUCAUCUUCCUGUUCCAUUUGUAGCAAACAUCUAGCUAGCGUGCUCACUUGAAGUUAAUGUUCCCGUGCUCACUCCGUUUAAAUUACAUUUGGAGGUAGGUUAGCCUCUUUGGAAAACAGUUAUUUUUAUUUAAAUAUACUGUAAUAUACUGUGUGAGAUAGGCCCCGCCCAUCUGCAGAGGUAAACAAAGUGUGUUUUCGCCACCUAACGUGAUCGAGCUGGCAUACAGUAGCGUUAGCCAUCGUCAUCCUCCUCGAGUCGUCGCCUGUAAAUGGAAAUAACUAUCAUUUCGCAAUGAAUUGCCGUUCGGAAGUUCUUGAAGUAACAGUGGAAGCGAGGCAGGUGGAAGAAGCUAUGCUGGCGUUGCUGCACACCAUUUUACUGCAUCGCAGCACGGGGAAAUUUCACUACAAAAAGGAGGGCACCUACUCCAUCGGUACCGUGGGUACACUAGACAUCGACUGCGACUUCAUCGAUUUCACCUUUGUCAGGGUGUCAUCGGAGGAGCUGGACAGAGUGAUUAGGAAAGCUGUGUCUGAAUUCAAGGAUGCUUUGAGCAACUCUGGCAGUGAUGGCAUGGGGCAAAUCUCCCUGGAGUUUUACCAGAAGAAGAAGUCUCGGUGGCCUUUUUCUGACGAGUGUAUUCCCUGGGAAGUGUGGAGCAUCAAGGUCAACGUUGUCAACCUGGCCAAUGAGCAGGAGAGACAGAUCUGCAGGGAGAAAGUAGGCGAGAAACUGGGCGAGAAGGUGAUCAAUGUUGUUGAAGUCAUCAACCGCCACGAAUACCUGCCAAAGAUGCCCACCCAGUCUGAAGUGGACAACGUCUUUGACACCAGUCUCAAAGAUGUCCAGCCAUAUCUUUACAAAAUCACAUUCCAGAUCACUGACUCUCUGGGCACCUCUGUAAGCACAACGAUGAGAAGGCUGAUUAAAGACACCCUGGCACUGUGAGGAUGCUCCAGGAUGCAGACAAAAAAAGAUCUGGAUAGUUUGAUCGGUAACUGUGUCUAUAGUCAUGCCUCACAACUCUUUUUAUGAUCAAAAACACAAUUUGUCAGUUCUGCUCCUGCUACAAUGAACAAUUGGUUGCUUGUUUGAUGUCUCUGCUGUGGUUCUGGUUUUUCUUGUACCUUAAAAUUAUGUGUAAUAUUUAAAGAUUUCUUUCUAAAGCUUUCUUUUUCCAAAUUGUCUUCACCUUCUACAAUCUAGAAAUGCAACAUUAACACAGUAGCAGGUAAAACUAUGUAUCAGUUAAAUUCUCUAAAAAGUUGUGUUGCUGAUAAUCUCAAAUCUGUAAAUUAUUGUAAAUCUUUGACAAUAAAUAUUGUUUGUUGUAACUGAGGGUAAUUAUAGUCAGCAGUCAUUGCUCUUUCAAGAUGAGAACAACUGCUAGUAAAUACAAUCCUAAAUGGAUGCAUCAUAUAACAACUAAAAAUCUGUUUGUUUUUUUUAAUGCAAAAGCUAUGGUUGAGUUUGGGAA